AUGGCGCCCUUCAAACCCCUCCUGCCGCCUCUGCCCAUUCCAGAGGGGCAAAGGAAGAACCCACCCCUGCCCAUCCGCCCACCAUCUCCCACCGUGAUCCUGCGCGACGGCCUCUCCCUUUCGACCUGGCUCCUCCUUGGCGGCGUCCUUCAAGGCGCCGCAGUCGCAGCCUUCGGCUACAGAUCCCUCCUCCCGACAACCCUGAUCCUGGGCUACAGAGCUCUCGACACGCUCCUCAUGACACUCAACCUCAAACGCAACAGAUACAUGGACGGCGUCAUUAUGCCGAAAUACAGCGCCCAGUAUCCCAAUACCGACGGUUCCUUCGCCAGUACUUUGAACCCGACUACGGGCUCGCAGGACGGCGACCCAGCCGCCAAGCCGCUGAUCGUCUUCCACCUUGGCGCAAGAUGCAAUCACCCACUGGGCCUGCUCGCGCCGGGUUAUAAAGAGCUGGGGGACUGGGCCGAGAAGAUGUAUGAGUCCCUACGCGUGAAUCCGGACAAAUAUGGCCUCCUAGGCAUGACGCGGUUUGUGGGCCAGUCGGAUGCCGCGGGAAACGAAACGCUUGUUAUUAUGUACAUGCGUGACUACGAGGGGCUGCAUCGCUUUGCGCAUGACCAGCUCCAUGCGGAUGGUGUGCGCUGGUGGACUGGGAUUGUUAAGGCGCAUCCGCAUCUGGCUAUCUGGCACGAGACGUAUGUAGUGCCGAAAGGGUGCUGGGAGAAUAUCUAUGCGCAGUCCCAGGUUACGGGGAUGGGCGAUACCUUUUUUCCUGUAAUUGAUGAAAAUAAUGGGGCGACGGAGUGGGCGAGGGGUAUUGUGGAUGCCAAAGGCGGCGCAUUGAGGACUGGGUCGAGAAGACUAAGAAUGAAGCAUCUGGAAGAGAACGAGAGCGAAUUGGAAGCCUACUAUGAUCUAACCGACGGGGGGAGGACUACUCUAUAG